UUAAGACAACAAAGUGAUACGCUAUAUUAAUUAGCCUUUAGGCAAUUGUGUGUCCAUGUCAUCUUUAGAAAAAAAUUCAAUUUGUUCAAUUAUAUUCUGGUCAUUUCCCAGACUACAAGGGUAGGUUGAAUGAGGUCAGAGCAUGCUAGCAGAAAAUGAUGAGGUAAGAAAUGUCUCAUUCUGCUGCACAGCUUCUCUCCUCAUUCAUCACUAACGGGAAGCAGUGAAUCAUAGAAGUAGUGGGAGGAAGGAUAUGGAGUUUUAAUAGUUACAAGAGAAUAACAGGCAGAAUGGACAUUGCUUGGUUCUUGCUAAUCCUUGCCAUUUUCCAACAUUUGUCAGCCAGCGUGGAAUUUGCUGAAUUGUAUAAUGGGAAUACGUGAACCUUUUGUGGUGAGACUAAUGUGAGUUUUUUCAAAGCUAUUGAAAUGUCUUUGAAAAUUAUCUACAAGUUUGGAAGCCAACAUUUCCAGGCUUCCCAAGAAAAGAAGCAUUUGUUGAUAAUACUCAAACAAAAUCAACCAGAAGAACCUCCACCCUUCAAAAGAUACUGCACAGUAUCCAAGGUGCUCAUGAUACAGGCAUAUACUUUUUUUACAAGUCCAAGAGCGCUUAUAAGGAAGCGACCAAGUAAUACAUUUCUUUAAAAAGAAGGAACAUCCUCUGGGUCCAACACGUGGUCCUGGUGUGGCGUGUGGGAUACAAGAGCUACCUUAACAAGUAGCCUAUUACGUGCACCAUACUACUGCUUGGUAUGUUUUCAAUAACUGAUUUAUGCAUUACAACUACAUACCCUCAGUUGCCUUUUAUAACCUGUAUAAAUUCAGAUGUCUUUUUAUCUAUGAUAAAUGUAUUGAAUCCUGUAAAUCCCAUGUCUGCUCAGGGCAAUGUCCAAAUUGUGAUGAAAUGCCUUGGCCAGUGAGAGAUCAUGAUAAACAGGAUUCUGAUGUGUUGUGUGUUUUACCAUAUGUUUCCUGCUGCUUUCAUGCCAUUUUGUGCCCGGCCACGUGGUGUUUGUGGGGCGUGAGGAGCCUAACCGAUGUGGGAGUGUAGUGGAUAAUGGUGAUGAGGGUGGUUGUUUUGUUUGGUCUCUAAAACAAAAACAAACAAUCUAUUGGGGAGGGGGAAGGAUGGAGGCAGGGAAAAUAGCAACUGAGCAGAACUCUAUUUCUGCCCUUUCCUGUAGCUAAAUUCACCUGAUUAUAAAGGUAUGGCAUUACUCAGUCAGAAUCUAGAAGAAGGUGCCCGGGACCCCUCAAAACCCACACCAAUGGGGCAUAUUGAUUAAAAUGACAUUUACAGGAUGAGUUCCCCUCGUCAGCAUUGUCUGUUGCUGCUGAGCUGUCUGAUGUCUCAAGGAGGCCCUAAUUAUUUAGGGGACGUGACAUCCUCUCUAGUCCAGGGGGUGUUCAGACCCCUACCAUUUUGGCUUGCUUGCAGCCCCACGUGAGACUGUUCAGUAUAACCAGGGAUUAGUGGUGCCCUUCUAGGCAAAAUCGUAUCCUGCUCUUCAGAAUAGGCCCAUGUAGUGUUUGUGCCAAAGGUAGCGUUCCUUUCUAUUUUACAGGUUUUUGUCACAGCUCGUUGGCUUUGCUUCAGCACAGGAAAUUGUCCUGGGAGUAACCCAAGUCCUUCAUUUGUUGUGAUGACUGCAGUUAAAUCUUAGCGCUCUUGGAGAGAGGAGUCUGGAUGUGCUCCUCUCCCAAGAGGACAAGAGAAUCCUGGACCUCUCUAUGGGACUGCACAGAAACACAAACCGUAGUGGUGGCAGCAGCUUCAGGAUCUGUGCACUUGCACCAAAAAGCAAGUCCAAAAUAGAGACUUUUGGACUCCCAGAUGUGUCAUUUAAAUAGAAGGGGAACAUCCAGUCCAGAUUACCCUGAAGCAAUGGAGUACAGACACGUGACCAGACAGAUCACUUUGGAUCUGAACCAAUGCAGUAUCACAUAGCAAUGGGGAAGACUAAAUUAAUCAGUGUAGUUAUAUCAGAAUGGCAAUGCAGCCACAUUGCUUUUGCACCAGCGUAACUCCCACAGAAACAGAAGCAAGUAGAUUCAGAUGGAGUGGUGAGAUUAACUGACACAAGACAAUUAGUGUGUGGACACAAGGCAGUGUCUUCCUGGAGGGGAAAUGUUUCCAGUGCAACUUUCUGGUGUAAACAACCUCAGGCGUUUGAUGCCAGGAAGAUUCUCCUAAUAUUUACCAACAGCCUGAGUUUUCCCUUUCCUUCUUUCUUAUAUCCCAUUACUGUUAGUUAUACCCCCGCCAUCCAACCCCAAAUAAUUCUGCUCUCUCCUUGGUGUUUACACCUUUCAAAUAAUUGUAGAUGUAAUUCUAUCACUGAGGAAGAGCAGUAUACCAUCACUAGGUUAUUUAUACGUUUUACGUUUCUUCUCCUCUGUAGAGCGCUCCAACACAGUGAUAAGUGUUAUAUAAAAACCUAAACAGCCAAUUCCAUAGCAGGAUUGUAUUCUUCAGCAUUGGCACCUGCAGUGUAUUCACGUACCUUAAAUUUUCUUAGCUAAGAACCGUGAAAUGGAGUUUUUGACUUCUGAUCUUAAUUUCUCCAAAUUGAAAGUUUCAUAACUAACAUGUCUGUCUCUCAGAAGAAAUGAAGGUCAUUUGAAGUCACAAGUUGUCUAUAAUGGAUUUUAGGUGAGAAAAUUCCAUAUGGAAAAAGUGGACUCCCAGCAUGCUCAUGGAUUGCAGGAGUUGGAAUUUAUCCGGGGACAUAGUGACACAGAAGCAGCAAGAUUGUGUGUAGACCAGUGGCUAAAAAUGCCAGGUCUCAAACCAGGCACCAUUAACAUGGGAAGAAAAGCUGUGUCCCACAGAACCGGCCAAACACCAAUCAACAGCAAUCCCAUUUUAUGUCCUGUAAUGCACUGCAACAGGAAGUUUGAUAAUGGUCAUCUUCUGUUAGGUCACCUGAAAAGGUUUGAUCAUUCUCCAUGUGACCCAGCAAUUACACUACGUGGACCUCCAACUAAUGCUGUUGCCUGUGUGGUGUGCUGCAAAAGAUUUGUCACCUCACAGCAGUAUAGUGAUCACCUUUUAUCUAAGAUUGGGCCUGGAACUCAGUUUGGUCUGUGGAAGGAAGGGAAUUCCAAAGAAUUCAUGAGUAUUAAUUUAUUACUGAAUAUAAAUGAAAAUGAUGGGCAUAAAAGAAAUCUUCCUCCACAGCUUAUUCAGUGCUUUGCAUGUCCAUACUGCUUCCUCCUUUUCAGCAUAAGAGAUGAAUGCCUGCAGCAUAUGUCUGGAAAGAAUCACUUCCUUCAGGUUUUUAAAUUGAGUGGUGAAACUGGGACACCACUUCCUUUAUCUUUCCCAUCUUAUGCAAAGAAACUUCUGAUAGCUUUAUGUAAAGAGGUCCCAUUCCAAGUGAAGUGCACAUCCUGCCACCAGAAGUUGCGUUCGCAUAUGGAGCUAACAGCUCACUUCAGAACUCGUUGUCGUAAUGCUGGUCCUGUAUCACUGUCGGAAAAGAGCAUCUCCCAGGUUGCAGAAAUAUUUAAAGCAAGAGGUCACUGUCAAAACUGUGACAGACUCUUUGUAGAUGAAAGCCAGAUCAACCAGCAUAGCCAUGCAACUCAACACAAAGUUAAAAUUAUUACCACAAUGGAAGAGUCCAUCUUGAUGUUUUGCCAUAUUAAUGAAAGAAAUAAAAACCCAUGUCAGCUGAGGCAGAUUAUAAAUCAGUCAAGGUCUUCACUCCUUAAGAGACCAUUGACUUUGAGUGAGCCUGUCUGUGAAAAUGAGUCUGCCAUUUCAAAACGGAAAAAGGAUUUAGAAGAAAAAAAUCAAGAGGCUGGAGUAAGCCUACGUCAAGACAACACAGGCAAAAUAAAAGCCUGGUUCUGUGAAUGCCUUCUGAAGUUUUCUACUGAAGAGUCAGUUGAAAAGCACGUUCUGUCAGCAAAUAGAAUCUGUCACAAGUGUGCUGUAUGUGGGAAGCUUGCUGAAAACUCAAGCAUCAUCCGUCUGCAUAUGAGUCGGUUCCAUGGAGGGGCACACUUAACUAACUUCAUUUUCUGGUGCCGGGCAUGCAAUACAGACCUACUGAGAGAAGAGAACAUUAUGGCACAUGUCACUGAAUUUCAUGGUGGACAUUCUUACUAUUAUGAACAGGAAGCUCUAGAGAAUGAACCUAUGGCAUCCUCUUCUGACACACUGUGCAAUAUCUCCAAACGGGAAGAGCAUCUUCCUAGCCCUGUGGAUCAGUCCCUUGAGAGAAGUCCUAUUUUAGGAAAAUGGCAAUGCUGCAUUUGUGAGGAAAUGUUUGAGUCUGAAGACAGCGUUAAACAACAUUGUAUGUCUUUAGGAAGCCAUCAGUUUCACAGGUAUUGCUGUGGCUUGUGCAAAAAGCAUUUUCACAAAGCAGAAACACUAUACCGACACUGCCAAGAGCAGCACAGCCAAGAGAUACAGGUUAAAUAUUUUUGUGGCCUUUGUGGUGAUCUCUUUUUCGAUGUUGAGGAAGAAUUUCUAGUCCACUAUAAGGGUUUCCAUAGCACAGAUUACAUGUUUGUGUCUGAAGAGUCAAUAAAAAAUAAAGACGACCUUACACUAUUAGAAAAAGGUGACUUUCUAACCUGCGGCUGCCGGGAAGAGUAUAUCUCCAGAGUAAAUAGAAAGGAAGAUCACCGGAAUUGUCAGAAAGCCCUACUGGAAAAAGGCAAUCUGUGGUUUCGCUGCUGCUUCUGUUCAGCAACGGCACAAAAUUUCACAGACUUGAAUGAUCAUCUCAGCAAAAGUCACACUCCAAGGAAAAGCCAUGAAGAGAUGUAUGUUGUGAGAUGUGGUGCAUGCAACAAAAAUUUCCACGAUAUUGUGAGUGCCCAUCAACACUAUCAUGAUAAACACUGCUUCUUGCAAAAGCCUAAUAUAAAACAUUUCGGAUCAGAAUCAGAAAGCAAAGUCUUCAACUUUACAGCCACUGGUGCUUGUGUGGACAAGAAGCCUGAUAAACUAAAGUUUCCAGCAAAUGUAACUAAGGUUCAAAAAAAGUCAGAAUCUCCUUCUCUAAAGAGAGAAGAAGAUAGAAGGAAAGAAAGAAGUGAGAAUAAAGCAUAUUCUGAAGAGCAUGGUGAAGAAGACAGUGAACUGCCAGAUUUUGACUAUCUGCGCACCAUGACUCACAUCGUGCUGGUGGACUUAGACAACUGGGGAAGGUUUUUCAUUCAUCUGCCAGCCAACCUGAACCAAGGGACAUUUGUCUGGGGCUUUCAAGGAGGACACAGCAAUUGGAAGCCUCCAGAACAGUGCAAAAUCUUUAAUUACCUUAAUAAGAUUGGAUGUUUCUUCCUUCAUCCACGCUGUGGUACCAGAAGGGAAGCAGCAGACUUCGCACUCUGCAUGCAUGCUGGCCGUCUGGAUGAGCACCUGCCCAAACAAAUUCCUUUCACCAUUCUCUCUGGAGACAAAAGCUUUCUAGAACUGGAGGAUCAGUUUAAGAAGACUCAGCGGACAGCUCACAUCCUAAACCCUCAUGACAUCGAUGGAGAUAUGAUGUGUGCCUUACUAAACAGCAUUUCAGAUACUACAAAAGUUUCAGACAGUGAAGAGGAUGAUGAUAUUAAAACAGUGCAAAUGAGUUUUCAAGAAACAAAGAAACAGGAAGAGGAAGAUGUGGAAUUACAAGAAGCUAUCAAAAGAAGCCUGGAGGAAAUGUAAAUGAAGAUACUCCUGUAUGCAAAUAGCAUGCUAUCAAAGCUGCUUACAGAAGCGGAAGCUUGUUCAUCCUUUAACAAAGGGUCAGAAAAUACUGCUUUAAAAAUGUGCUUAUUCCUUUAAUGGUUAAACUUGUAAUUAAUAUGUUGCUGAUUGUGUCAUGCAACUAAAUUGACAAAUGGAGCUUAUGGACGUAUGUGUUGCAACAUUCUGUAUAUGACAAAGGAAAAUAAAUUGUUAAAAGCGUUACACAUUCCUUUUCUAAUGAUUCAUGACUAACUUUAAGCUCAAUUCUUGUUCUGAUCUAGUCAUGUAACUUGAGGUAGGUUGAUCCUAUACAUGUUGUGGUGUCUUUAAAGGGUCGUUCAUUUAAUUCUUCCAUUGUAAAAAUGUCAUUGUCUCAUUUUACUUUUUCAGUGUACCCUUUGCAACAGAUAAAAAUAGUAAACCUCAGUUAAUCUCAGACCACCUUGCCUUACUGAUAAUUUUAUAAAGAGAAGCUUAGUCUCCAGGCCUGCAGUUUACGAUUCAUGGGCUCACCCCUAUGCCUGCACAAAGCUUUACUCCACAUGAGCACAGAGGUAUGCCCACAAGUUGUAAAUUGCAGGGUCGGUGUCCUAGAAUGUACAGUUGUUUACUGCUAUCUUUACUUUUAUUUUUUAGGAGUGUGCAUAUUUUAAUUUGAGUAUGAGAGCUUGUUAUUCCUGUUGGUUUAAAAAUCUCGUCAGCUGAAUACCCUGUCUUGUUUAAGGCUGAAGCAAAGUUUGUAAAUAAAAACACUGAAGCAAAAAUUGUUUGUUUUCAAAAUCCCUCUUGGUUUGAGGUACAAGUGAAAUAAUUUAAGCAGGCAAGUCCUUCCUGUAUUCCAUCCUCUUUAUAAUAUGCAUUUGUUGGUUUUUAAAGAGGUGGUGUUUCAAUAUUUGACAAUAAUUAAAAACAUUACUGUUUUUG